GCCAUUAAUGCAUUAAAUACUUGGCCUUGUGGUACAAACCUUUUCCAGAUAACCUCAUAACCAUUUGCAGUUCUGAAGCAGAAUCAAUCAUCUCUUUAAAUCCUCUCCCUCUGUUUCUCUCUCUCUCUCUCUAUAUAUUUAUAACUUGAGUCUCCAUCUCCUUUUCCCUCAUUGCAUUCAUCAGGCUCUCAUUACAUCAAGAUGGGUGUCCAUUUCCUCUGCUCAACUCUCUCAGUCUUCCUCCUCUUGAGUUCUACUCAAGUUGAAGCUAGACAGCUGGUGGAGGCUUCUGAAGUGGCCGAGGAAGGAGGAGAGAUGAAGAUGACGGUGGAGGGAGCCAUGAUCGGAUCGAGACCGCCGAGUUGCGAGAGAAGAUGCAUCUCUUGUAGCCACUGUGAAGCUGUCCAGGUUCCUUUAGCACCGACGAAGAAACAGGGGGGAGUGCAGGCGGAAGACUCUGCCUCCGCUACUACUACAUUCAAUUCAAGGGGUGAUGAGUACAGUUCAAAUUACAAACCAAUGAAUUGGAAGUGCAAGUGCGGAGAUAGGAUCCUUAAUCCUUAACAUUGUUGUUUCUAAUAGAAGAGAAUUAGCGACUGUUUGAGAUUGUGGAUAUACAUAGAAUUUUUAUUUUUAUUUUUUUGGCUGUUUUGGUUUGAAGAUGUGGAGUCAGUUUUUAUCUUCACAUCUAUUGUGAUGGGGUUUGCUUGGGAUGUUAAUCGUGGUUGCUCUUUUUAGUUAGAAAGAAUACUAUGAGUUAUUACUUUCAUUA